AUGGAAAUUGCGCACGAGUACGUGAAACUGCGCAGUGACUUCGGCCGCCAAUGUCUCUUUUCGGACCGUCACGUGGAUCUGGUGACGGAUAUUUCUCCCAACCCCAAACUGGGGUUACAGUUCUUUCAGAAGGAAACCAGAGAAAUUGGGGUGCAGGGCUGCUUCCAAAUGUCAGAGCAUGAGGUGAAUACAAUACGGUCUGAGUAUGACAACUGUGGGGUAAACCAUGUAGAAGGGGGAUGGCCCAAAGACAUCAACCCUCUAGAGAUGGAGCAAACUAUUCGUUUUCGGAAGAAGAUAGAGAAAGAUGAGGGCUACUUGAAUAGCAUGCAGGUGCUGGGCACGCUUACAGGACUCUGUGUGGGACAGAACAACGCUGUGGACAUCUACGAAGAGUACUUUGAGGACGAUGAAUUGUUGGACGAGAUUCAAGAAGCGCCAUCUACCAAGACUGUCAAUACCUUAAGGGACCCAAACCAGUUGAAAAGGAAUGUCACCUCUCUCUCUUGGGAUCCUAACGGAGGCAGAAGUCUGGCGGCUGCCUACUCUUGUCUCGAGUCACAGAAAACCAGUCCAGACAUGAGCAAACACUCAUAUAUUUGGAAAAUUGAGAAUCCUAACAAACCUGAGAUGACCCUAGAACCAGAAUCUCAACUCAUCUGUCUGGAAUACAACCCGAAUGACUCGCACACUCUUAUCAGUGGCUGUUGCAAUGGACAAAUUGUGUUUUGGGACACCCGUGAAGGCAACCAUCCAGUAAAUGUUUCUGCUAUGGAGUACGGUCACAGGGACCCGGUAUAUAAGACAGUUUGGUUACAAUCCGAGACUGGGACUGAAGUCCUUUCUGCCUCCACUGAUGGACAGAUUAUGUGGUGGGACGUACGCAACAUGAGCGAGCCUACGGCCCGGCUGGUUCUAGACCUAGGUUGGGAAGAAAACCUGCUCAAUGCUUUAGGUGCCAUCUCUCUGGAAUAUAACAUCAACAUGCCAGACACGUUCAUGGUUGGGACGGACCUGGGUGUUGUUCUGUACUGCAACAGGACGGCUAAGACUCCAUCUGAGAGGAUUGUCAGUCUGUACGAUGGCCACUACGGACCCGUCUAUGCUCUCCAGAGGAACCCUUUCUUCCCGAAAUACUUUCUCACUGUGGGCGACUGGGGGGCCCGAAUCUGGUCGGAGGACAUCAAUGACUCAUCUAUAAUGUGGACUAAGUAUCAGAUGUCCUACUUGACAGAUGCCUGCUGGAGUCCUGUCAGACCCUCUGUCUUUUUAACCGUGAAAAUGGACGGAGUGCUGGAUAUCUGGGACAUCUUGUUUAAGCAAAGCGACCCCACAUUGAGUGUCAAGCUGCGCGAUGAAGCCUUGUGUAGUCUCCGGGUCCAUGAGAAUGGAUGCUUGGUAGCUUGCGGCUCCCAGCAAGGAGUCAUACCAGUAAUAGAGAUCAGCUCCGGACUGUGCACCCUCCAGCAGAAUGAACAGGACCUCAUGGAGGAGAUGUUAGAGCGUGAGACAAAGCGAGAAAAGAUCCUGGGGGCUCGCCAGGGAAGAGGGGCCGAUAACAAAGAGCAGCUGAUCCUGAGAGCUGAGCGUGAAUUCCACAGUCUGCUGCAGACCGAGCAGAAGAGGAAGGAGUUGGUGUCAAAACAGCAGAAGUAGCCACAGUGACGUGGAUGGCUUGAAGUCUAACGCAAUCAGAAGUUGUUUGGGAAUGCAGAGAGAUGCUGUGACCUGGUUCUGAGCAGCGUAGGACACGACAAAAGAACCUGAUUGAGUGGGUAGAAAUAUUUUAAAAACUCAUGAAAAUAAGCAAAAUUUGAGUAACAGAUAGCCUUAUUUAGGAUGCUUGACUCCGAAGAUGUAUCUUGGA